CUUCAAAGUCCACGUUCUCUCCCUCAAAAACUAAACCGACCUAUAACCUCUUCUUCUUCUUCUCUCUCCAUAUAUAAAUAACAAACGAUAACCGUUUUUCUCUUUCCUACAACUCAAUAAAGAUCUCAUUCUCUCAGAUUUUCUUUUCCUCUGCGAUUCUUCCUUUUCGUUGUUCUCUCUGAUUCCAUGGCUCGUACGAAGCAAACUGCUCGUAAAUCCACCGGUGGCAAGGCCCCUAGGAAGCAACUCGCCACCAAGGCUGCAAGGAAAUCUGCUCCUACAACAGGAGGAGUCAAGAAGCCUCAUCGUUAUCGUCCUGGAACUGUUGCCUUGCGUGAGAUCCGAAAGUACCAAAAGAGCACUGAGCUGUUGAUCCGCAAGCUUCCCUUCCAGCGUCUUGUCCGUGAAAUUGCUCAGGAUUUCAAGACUGAUUUGAGGUUCCAGAGCCAUGCUGUCCUUGCUCUCCAGGAAGCUGCUGAAGCCUACUUGGUUGGUUUGUUUGAGGACACCAACUUGUGUGCCAUCCAUGCCAAGAGGGUCACCAUAAUGCCCAAAGACAUUCAGCUUGCUCGCCGCAUCCGUGGUGAACGCGCUUAGUCUGAUUGAUUUCAUGCUCUUGAUCCUUUUGGGGAAUACAACUUGUGUUUACUAAGUUUAGUAUUGUUCAAGUUUCCUAUUCCAUUGUAUAGUUCUUGACAACUUUUUAGAUUUCAAUUGACGUCUUUAGAAGGAUUAUUUUGGUUAUGGUAUAGUAGAUCAUAGAAAGAUACUACUAAUGGAAUGUUAUGAUUACUCUUGUAAGACAGUUUAUUUUGGAUUUAGAUCUUAAUAUUGACUUUGAUACGGUUUCUUAA